AUGGCUACUAGUAUUUUACCACUUGUAGUAAUUAAUGUUUUAGUACAUUCAAUGUUGUCCGAUUGCUUGCUUAUUAUUGCGAUCGCCUUCUGCACUGCACUGGCUGGAGAGGGUCUCACGUAUGUACUAGUCUACCGAUCGGAGCAGUACAAGCGAUUGAAAUCGGAAAUGGAACGGAAAACCAAGCGAUUAGAAAAGAAAAAGCAGGAAGCUGGCGAGGUUGUGGAUAAAAACGCCAAAAAGCGUCUGGAACGAGAUGAGGAGAGAUUAAAGGCAACGAAUCGAGAUAUGUCUAUGUUUAAAAUGAAGUCAAUGUUUGCUAUUGGACUUGCAUUCACUGCCCUAUUGUCCACGUUCAAUUCUAUUUUCGACGGAAGGGUGGUUGCUCGUUUACCUUUUGUUCCGAUUGGAUUUCUUCAGGGAUUGUCACACAGAAAUCUUGUUGGAGAUGAUAUGCGUGAUUGCUCAUUUAUCUUUCUUUACAUUUUGUGUACAAUGACUAUCCGACAAAACCUGCAAAAAGCUCUUGGCUUUGCCCCAUCUCGUGCGAUGAACCGUCAGCAAGGUGCAUUAUGGUUGGAAUUCGUAUCGAAAAAGAACAUUCCCAACACAACCAUAUUUAAACGUCAGUAA